UAUUGCAGCCGCACUUUGAUUUUAGUGAUAUUUUUCCAUCGUAUCCCACCCAGUAAUAUUCAGCUCACAUGACUGAACCAGAAUUAGAACACCUUCCAUUGGUGAGGAGGACGGACGAAAACAUGGAGCAUGGCGGAGCUAAACGCGAGCGCACGGGAAGCCAACGGCUUCACGUGCAGGAGAGAGGUGAUUCAGAGGAGAUGUCAUGCUGCACAUACGUUCUCUGGUUCUUUUCGGUUCUUUUCAUCAGCUUGACGUUCCCUAUCACGAUUUGGUUUUGCUUCAAGACAAUUGCCGAGUACGAGCGAGCCAUCUUGUUCCGCGUCGGUCGCUUGAUGCCCGGAGGACCCAAGGGCCCUGGUCUGUUCUUCAUCAUCCCCUGCAUCGAUGACAUUCUAGUGGUUGAUCUUAGGACACUCUCUUUUGAUGUGCCGCCCCAGGAGGUUCUCUCGAAAGACAGCGUGACGGUGACCGUAGAUGCCGUGGUCUACUUCCGCGUGCAAGACCCCACUAUGGCGACUAUCAACGUGGAGAACUACAAGCGCUCCACGGAGCUGCUUGCUGCCACCACCCUGCGUAACGUCUUGGGCACCAAGACCCUGGCUGAGAUGUUGAGCCACCGUGAGGAGAUUAGCAACACCCUGCAGUCGUUGCUGGAUGACGCUACUGAUCCCUGGGGCGUCAAAGUAGAGAGAGUUGAGAUUAAGGACGUGCGCCUUCCAAGACAGAUGCAACGUGCCAUGGCGGCUGAGGCUGAAGCGUCCAGGGAGGCUCGUGCAAAGGUGAUUGCUGCAGAGGGUGAGCAGAACGCCUCCCGCGCCCUGAAGGAGGCUGCCGACAUCAUCGCUGAGUCUCCCAACGCCCUCCAGCUCCGGUACCUCCAGACACUCCACGCUAUCUCGGCCGAGAAGAACUCCACCAUCAUCUUCCCUCUGCCCGUCAACAUGCUCACCCAGGCAAUGAAAAUGAAGUAG